UCUGAUAUGGGUUGAAAAACCCAGCAGUGUUUGUAUUUGUCCAACUUGACGUUACAUUGGGAUUGUUUUUGAUUCUUGCAAGGGCGUCAUCACUCUAAUAACCACCAGAAAGUGCUAGAAAAACUAUACUUAGAUAGAUAGCUUCAGUCCGAUUCAAGACAUGAAGAAAUACCGAGAGCUAUGGAGAGUAGAUACUGUGUUUUGAGCGAUACUGAAGACUUCCAAACGCUAAUUGCAAACACUGAGAACAAUCUCUACUUCGAAAGGUCUAAGACACUGUUUGAGGAAAUCCGUGCCUCCAUCAACAACAAUGAGGAAGAGGAUCGCUCCUUCUGGAGGCCUGUGCUGCCUUGGGGGGGUGUCUUUACCAUUAAAGCAGGACGAAAGGCUAUAUCCUGCACCCCUCUGUACGUCAAAAUCAACCUCAAAAACACCUGCACCAUCGAUGGCUUCCUCGUGAUCCUGUAUGUGAUCCUACGGGACAACCAGGGCUUUCCCAGGGAGCUGGCUGUGUUCCUGGGCAAGCAGUUUGUGGAGUACUUCCUCAACCUGAUGGACUCCUGUGACUACACCACAGUGAAGAUGCUGUGGAUCUUGGACAGGAUGUCUAAAAGACAGUACCGCUCUCAGGUGCACCAGACAGCAUUGGAGAUUGACCUGUUUGGAAAUGAGCACGAGAACUUCACAGAGAACCUGGAGAACCUCCUGUCCUCCAUACAGGAGAGCCUGUGCACCAACUGGAGCUGCCCCAGCCGCUUCCAGGAGUUCAUCAAGGUUACAAUUAAAAUCAGCCCUCCUCAUGAGCUUCCUCACAGAGACCCCAUCCAGUCGGCCGUGGACGAGUUCUUCUGCCCCAAACUCCUGCUCUGCUCAGAACUGGGGUGUGAUGGACUGAGGGAGUUUUCUCAGAGGGUUUUCUGCCAUGGGCCCCCACCCUUUGUCAUUCUCAACAUGCAGCAGUGGAAGUCAGAGGAGCUGUCCUAUGUUCCAUACCAUCUGGCUCUCUGCCAGCACAGGUACUUGCUAGAAGGUGCCACGCUCUUCAACAAGGAGGAGAAUCACUACUCUGCAGCCUUCCAGAUAGACGGCUGCUGGAUGCACUAUGACGGUCUGAGGAGCGACAACCUCAUCCUGCUGCACCGGCCGCCGGAGCUCCUGCUACUCUCCUCUCUGGUCUAUAUCCGCGCCUCCGACAAGUGAACUUAUCACACAAACUUCCUCCAAAUAUUUUCCACCAUGCUUCUCUACUUAUUAUCAUUAGUCAUUCCUGUAAGCGUCCUCUGCUGAAUUACACAUGCUCUAUUUUACCUAAAUGCUUGCAGAAAUCCUAAUUUGAAAAAAAUUGAAAUAGCUUUUUUUUGCGCUUGGUAUCCAAGAGUAUAAUGGACUAUAAUAGUUCUGGCUUGAUAUGCCUAAAUGACAGCAGCAGUGAGUAAUGCAUAUGCAGUUACCCGACAAACAAGCAAGAUUGAUGUGUUAAAAAGCCAUGGUUAAUGGAUUACACUCUGAGGGUGCAGUUGCUAUUGUUUAUCAAUAAGGGAUGAUAGUGACUGUAUAUCACAUCUCUAUUAAAAUUGCAAGUUUGAAUAGAGUUACAAUUUUGGCAGAUGAAUUGUACAAGUAUGAAUAUCAGCCCUAACUGGUGCCUUUUCUAUUUACACUAUGGUCUGAGGAUAAGAAACAACCAAACAAGGCUAUUGUCCCUGUCCAGGUUAACUCUUUUGAUGUUAAUAUGUCUUAAAUUGGAGGCAGGCAUUCCAUACAAAGAUUGAGUGUUAAAAUAAAUAUAUCUUCAAUGGUUGAAGGAUGGUGGCCGUAUGAAAGAUAUUUUUUCUGUCACUACAACACAGGAAACAUAUUUACAUGUUAAGAAACAAGUGUUGACCUAAAAAGGCCCCUAUUAUGCUAAUUUUCCGAUUCAUAUUUGUAUUUUGUUUCUGUACUGUGACAUUUACAUGCUUUAAUGUUCAAAAAGGUCUUUAUUUUCCUCAAACUGUCUGAAAGGCAGUACCUCUUUUCCGCCUGUCUGAAACCAGAGCGCAGUCAAUAGAAGCGAGUGUUGCGUAGUGAUGUCACUAUGGAGGUGUUUCAGGCAGGAGGGGGGAGGGGGGGGGGGGAGUGUGUGGGAACUCCGACGGGAACUUUUGGAUUUUAGCCUUUGCAGACCCUUAGCAUGCAAUAAAACCUAUAUACCACACUACAGGAAAGGGAAAACCAUAAUAAGCAUAAUAGACCCUCUUUAAGGAGUACUUGGCCUUACACAGUGCCUCUGCCAAAGAACGUUCUGGAAGUGAAUCCUGUUGCACAGGUCAUUGAUCGUUAUGAGUUGUCGAUUGUCUUCCUAUGCAGAAUAAAAGUAUUUUGGAUUACA